UGAGAGCGGGCGAGUCCUCCUCCGAGUGGGCCGAUUUGAAAGCGGUAGAGAAAGGCCCAAUAGAGAGGGGAAGGGCCACAUUUCACGAAUCCGUGGAUCACGCGGAUAUUCUCGCGCUUUGGCGAAUUUUUUGGUCCCUCUGCGAGAUACCCCCGCAUCCGUCCGGAGGAAGGGGGGCCGGACGGUUCACGCGAUUCGCCGCGCGGAUUUGCUCGACGUCUGGAGGUCUAGUGGUCGACGGUCGUCGGAGGCGAUGGCCGCGCAGAGACCGAUUAAAUUUUUUUCGAGAUUUUACCACUUUCUUCGCAAAUUUGAUAGUUUGAGGGGUCGGCUCAUUCAUCUGGAAGCGCGACCGAGAAGAAGGCGGGGGGUCUGGAUGAUGGUCGAGCCCUCGUGAUCCGUGUCGGUGCUAGAAACAUAUCGCGCUGAGAGAAGGUCGGACUGCAAGAUGUGCGACAAUAGGGAGCAGAACUCUAGACAGGAUGAAGAGAUUAUUACGGAUUACCUUUCUAGGAAUGACGUCUCGCUGUUGGCGUCGAGGGGUUCGGUCAUGAAGCGUUUUCAGCCACUUUCGGUUCAGAAGUGCGCGGCUCGAAUAAAUGUCGACUCGAUUGUUUACAGCGCGACGGGCGUGGACUUCCCGGACCACAUAGUGAACUCUGUGAAGGAGAGGAUUCGCCGAGACGGUGCGGGUUUGAAGUCCCGAGAGCGGGCGGACCGCGCGACGGUCGAACAGGUGUUGGAUCCAAGGACUCGGAUGAUUUUGUACAAGCUUAUCAACAAGGGUGCGAUAAGGGAGCUGAACGGUUGUAUCUCCACUGGGAAGGAGGCAAACGUGUAUCACGCUACGACGGAGAAGAUGGGUGAGUUUGGCGAGUUUGGCGAGUUGGCGGUGAAGGUGUUCAAAACUUCUAUUUUAGUUUUCAAGGAUCGCGAUCGCUACGUUUCUGGGGAGUUCCGCUUUCGCCGCGGAUAUUCUAGACAGAACCCGCGCAAGAUGGUUCGAGUUUGGGCCGAGAAGGAGAUGCGGAACCUAGUUAGAAUGAACUUGGGCGGAAUCCCUUGUCCGAGAGCAAUCAUGCUCCGACAGCACAUUCUUAUCAUGAGUUUCAUCGGGAGUGACAGUUGGGGUGCGCCGCUCUUGAAGGAGACGGAGCUGAGUCUCGAGCAGUAUAGCGAUGCGUACAGACAGGUGGUCAGGAACAUGCGUCUGCUGUACCAAAGGUGUCAUCUUAUACACGCGGAUCUUAGUGAGUACAACAUUUUGUAUUACGAGGGUACGUGUUAUUUCAUCGACGUCGGGCAGGCGGUGGAAUACGACCACCCGAACGCGCUGGAGUUUUUGAGGCGCGACGCGGAGAACGUCAACAGGUAUUUUAGAAAGAAGGGCGUCUUGACCGUGACGUCGCGGGAUUUGUUCGAGUUUGUUUGCGACUUGUCCAUUCUAGAGGACCAGAUGGAAGACACGAUUUCGACGCUCCAGGCGAGGUCCGACGCGUCACUGACCGGCGAGCAGGAGGUCGAGCAGAACGUGUUCAUGAAGAGCUUUAUUCCGAGGACGCUGUUCGAGAUUUCCGGAGAGGGGUACUUGCAAGAUCGGUACAACGCCUUGACAGGAAAUGACCGAAGUGUGUAUUACAGGAAGGUUUCCGGGCUCAACAGGCGUCUGACCGGCGCGGCGGCCAAGAACGAAUUGCUAGAGGAGAGCGAAGAGGAGGAGGAUUUGGAGAGGUUGCGGGAGGACGCGUUGAUGAUGAAGAGGGCGCUAGAGAGCUAUCACGAUAAUUUUUUGUUUUACGGCAGCGAGGGAGACAGUUGCUCCGACGUCGACGAGCAGGAGCUGAGCGAGGGCAGCGAUUCCGAGUACUCGAGUGAGCGCGAGGACGCGUUGAGUCCCGUCGCCGAUACGGACAGGGGCGAGCAGGGUGAUUUGUCGGACAGUGGCGAGCAGGGUGAUUUGUAUCGAGAGCUCGCAUCCGUUAGGUUGGAAGUUUCGUCGAGCGGCGACGGUGGGGACGAUUCCUCCGGCGAGGCCUCUUGCGCGAACGAAGAGAGCGAUGAGGAAGCGUCUCCAGGAGACGAGGCGCCUCCUACCGAGAGCGCCCCAGCUAGAAAUGUGAGAGUGGUCCAGCUGACCAAAGAGGAAAGAAAGGCGCACAAAAAAGCUGUCAAAAAAGUGGCAGCUGAGAAAAGGAAGGUGAAGAUACCGAAACACGUCAAGAAGCGGGCCAAGAGGGUCGCGAUGCGUCGAUGACAGCACCUGCCUCUUCCGCGGUGCUGCGGAGCGUGAUUUAGCACAAUAAAAGCGGUUUUGUAAGGAUUUA